AGAAAUCAGCAUGCCGCUCAAGGAGGGAGACAGCGUUCCAUCGGUCACUUUUAAGUGCCGCGUCCGCGACGAAUCCAUCGGAGGAGAGAAUCCCUUCACCUGGAAGGAUGUCAAGACCGAGGACCUCUGCAAGGGCAAGCGCGUUGUAAUCUUCGCUCUUCCCGGAGCCUUCACCCCAACCUGCUCCUCCACCCACUUGCCGGGAUACGAGAAGCACUACGAAGCGAUCAAGGCUGCUGGCGUCGAUGAUAUCUACUGCCUCUCUGUCAAUGAUGCCUUUGUAAUGCGCCAGUGGGGUUUGAAGCAGGGGUGCGAGGAGGAGUCCAAGGACGCCUCCAACCCGUUGAACCCUGGAAACUUCAAGAAGGUCAAGCUUCUUCCUGAUGGCGCCUGCUUGUUCACUCGUGGGAUGGGCAUGAGCUGCACUUGGGACAGCGAGAGAGGAUUCGGAGAGCGCUCAUGGAGGUACAGCAUGGUCGUUAAGGACAUGAAGAUCGAGAAGAUCUUCAUCGAAGGAGGCGCAAUUGUUCAGAACUCUGGACCUGACCCCUUCGAGGUUUCCGAUGCCGACACCAUGCUCAAGUACUUGACCACCAAGUGAACUCAUCAAGUGAUUGGUAGACUUUGAGCAGUCUUGGUAUAUUAUAUUUGUUACAUUGUCUGAUUACAAUGAUCACUUCAAAUAGAGUCGCAAGCAUUUCCGUU